ACAUCGCAUAUAUAACGGUCGAGCUGUGCAUAGCAGUUGUUUCUUGCUAUUCAUAUUCGCUCAUCCUUCUCCGCCUCACCACAGCCACUCUCUUUUUACCGUUUGCCUGGAGCAGCGGUUCUCUCAGUCCCUUCUGUCUUACGCAAAUACACGCUCAGUUUGUCACGCAUCAGGUCUUUCGAUUAAGAUCUUCAUACUUUUCCAACGCUAUCCCUGCAAGCACUCCCUGCAUACUACUCGCGUUCGCCCGGUGCGACGCUUUUUCAAGCCCUCUUUUUCGUCGACUCACAGGCCUGCUAGCUCAGACAACUACCGCUAUUCGUCUUCGUUCAACUUUUCGCACACAGCCAACAAAUCUUUUCUUCGAUAAGUCAAGAUGAAGUCCCUCAUCACGCUCCUGUCGGCCGCUGCCUUGCUUGCUUCUGGCAUUUCUGCCGCGCCUUCGGGUGAGCGUGGCGCGAUCGAAGCCAGAGUGACUAGAGACUACGAUAUCGACACAGCUAUUGUGAACUGGAUGAAAAAGCCUCUUGUUCAGAAAAGAUUGAAGGGCGUCUGUAGCACUGACGGAGGAUGGGAAGUCUGGGCGCAGGUUGAACUUGAGGAUGAGUUCAAAGAAGGUUUUGCACUCGACGAAAAUCUGUCUAUCCGCGAAAAGACUGAAGUCUAUAUGAACUCAAAGCGCGCAGACUUUGUUCUUCCAGAGACCAAUCGGGUGAAGGGCAUGAUCAUUGAGCUCAAGUGUGAGAACAAGAAUGAGCAGAAGGGAAGUGCUAUCAAGACGCCGGUCGGGAAGGAUAAAGACAAGAAAUUCGACGUAAAACCCGCCUUUGCGGGUUACACCUUUGUAGCCCUUACUAUGGCUUACUCGCCGGAGGCCGACAAAGCACUGACCAAGAUCGGUAUGCACGCUAUCCCAAACGCAAAAUACGUAGUGCCUGGCGGCAAAGGUACUAUGAAGGCGUACAAGGAGAUACUCAAACAUUACACUGCCGAUAUGGAGGACUUGACAGAUACCCUCGCAAACUUAAUGUCGAACUCUAGACCUGCAUCACCAACAGCCCCGAAGCCAGCGGGACCAGCCCCAAAGGCACCGGCAGCACCAGUAGCACCACCAGUCAAAAAGCCAGCCGGAUCGGGAUCAGGGUCAGGGAAAGGCAAGAAGCCAGCUAGAUCAGUCUAGAAGAGUAGCACAGUAGACAAGAAUCACGUGUAUUCAAUCUAUAGCAACUCAAGUCUCUCUCCUAGUAAAUCUCAGAGUAUGACUGAAGCCUACGCAAUUGAGGAGGUAUAGAAAGCAACAGUCAAUCCGUGAGUGUUUCAGAAACGG